GCCGAGUCUUAUUGCUCGUGGUUUUAAGGUAGAAGAUUUCUUGCAAUUACCAAAAAACCCAGAAGAUGGUAUGACUCUUCAAACCCUUUUUCUCUAAACUCUAAAACAUAUGAUACAUGGUUUUCAAUAAAAUAUCUAUACAACUAAUACUUAUUUGAUGCAAUAGCGUACAUCAAAUGAAAUCAAUAUAUGGAGUGAAGAGAAACUGGCAACGAUUUCUCUCUGCACCUAACAAUUAAUCACUCAUGAGGCACAGCCGGUCUCAAUAGCUUUUAUGUGGUUAUGAUCCUCAUAGCUAGGAGGAGAUGAAGAAUGCCAUGAAGAUGAGAUGAUUGGAGCUGGAAUCCAGUAUUUUCUCCACAAAAUUUUACGGUGCUCAUCAAAUCUAGUGAACCCUCAAAUACUCUCUUUUCUGUACACUAAUUACAUUUCUUCAAGUUGCUUUGCUCUUAACUUAUUUGGUUUUCAUUCUUGUUUCUUACAUAUUUCAACAUGCUUUUCAUACCAAGAAAACAUAUCUGGUCUGAACAUGAUUGUAUGCAUCACUGUCAAGAGUUUAAUUGUGCUAGCCAUGCUUUUCUGAGUCUCUAAGCAAGUAAGCAUAAUGGCUGAACUCGUCCUCAACUUCGUCACCCCAAUCAUAGAGAAUGCAGUUUCCAAAGCAAUUUCAUUUGCUUCUACACAAAUCAGCACGGCGUGGGGUCUGGAGAGGGAGCUGAGGGAGCUUGCUCAAACACUAACUAUGAUCCAAGGAUUGCUUCAAGAUGCUGAAUGGAGGCAAGAAAGCAAUCCAGCCAUAAGGAAUUGGUUACAGCACCUCAGAGAUGUAGCUUAUGAUGCAGUGGAUGUACUGGACGAGUACGGUUAUGAGGUUCUUAAGCACAAAGUUCAGACUCAAGGCCCAAAGAAGAAACAGGUGCGCACCUUUUUUUGUCUCUCCAAUCGCACUGCCAUUCGUCUUAACAUGGCUAAUGAAAUUAGGAAGAUUAAUGAGUCUCUGGUUAGAAUCAAAGACAAUGGGGUUUUGGUUUUGCUGAUCAGAUUUAAUGACCAGAGUCAUUCUACUGCCAGUGUUAGGCAAUAUCCUAAGACAGAUUCCAUCCUCGACUGUUCAAAAGUUGUUGGAAGGCAUAAUGAUGUCUUAAAAAUUGUCAACAUGUUAGAUAACAUAAGGAGUCAACAUGUCCUCUCUGGCAUUUCAAUAGUGGGCUUUGGGGGCAUAGGCAAGACAACAUUAGCGAAGUCAAUAUGCAGUAUGGUAAAAGAACAAAAGUUGUAUGACCUGGUGGCUUGGGUUUGUGUGUCUGAGGAAUUUGAUGAGAAAAUAAUAUUAGGAGAUAUGUUAGAAUACCUUGAUAGUUCUGUUGGUCGUAUGAAUAAUAUAGAUGCACUUAUUCAGAAGCUUGGGCAGGAGUUAGAAAAUAGAAAAUUUCUUCUAGUUCUUGAUGAUGUGUGGAAUGAUGAUAGAGACAAGUGGGAUAGUUUCAUAUCUCGUUUGUUAAAAAUUUUAAAAACCGGUGGAAACUCCAUUCUUGUGACUACUCGUAGUGUUAAGGUAGCAUCCAUAAUGGAGGCACUUCCAAUGCAAAAACAUGAUACGGUAAAGCUAUCGGAUCAUGAAUGUUGGUUGAUAAUUGAGGACGUAGUUCUCAGGUCAUCAACGGAAACUUCAAUACCUUUGGAUUUAGAAGGUAUUGGACAAGAAAUUGCCAAAAAAUGUGGGGGGUUGCCAUUAGUUGCAAGUGUAAUUGGAGGAACAUUGAGUCGUGAAAUGAAGACAGAUAAGUGGCAAGAGAUUCUUGAUGAUGAAGCAUGGAUGUUGCAAGAUGAAAAUAAGAAGAUUUUAUCUGUACUGAAAAUGAGUUUUGAUCGUUUGCCUUCAUCCUUAAAAAAGUGCUUCUCUUAUUGUUCAAUUUUUCCCAAGGAUGCUGUCAUUUUCAAAGAUGAUUUAAUUCAACUCUGGACGGCUCAAGGGUUUGUUCACAGAUCUAACGGAGGCCUCGUGGAAAUGGAGGAUAUUGGUGAUGAGUACUUCAAUGAGUUGUUAUCUAAUGCUUUAUUCCAAGAUAUUGAAUUGGAUUUUUAUGGAAAUAUUGAAUCUUGUAAAAUGCAUGAUCUAGUGCAUGAUCUUGCAUUGCUUGUUUCAAAAGGUGAAACCUUGAUUUUGGAUGCCAGUUGCAACAUGGAUGACCAGAAUUUUAAUACUAUUCGACAUUUAAGAGUCAAGUCUGAUGGAAAGGAUCUUCCAACCAUUCCAAAAGGUAUUGCUCAAAGGUUGCAUUCUUUGUUUUCGAAGGUUGGUGUCUUCUGUAGCAUGGCAUCAGAUCUUAAAAGCCUGAGAUCUUUAAAAUUAAUGAGAGAUAAGGAAAAGAAGUUGCCAGCUUCUCUUGGAAAAUUGAAGCAUUUGAGGUACCUUGACAUCUCAGAAACUAAUGUCACAGCAGUACCAAAAUCCUUCUCUAAGCUCUAUAAUUUGCAGACUUCAAAAUUUGUCCACAACUAUUAUUUUGAACAGCUUCCCAAGCUUUCCAAUGGCAUGGCAAAUCUCAUCAGCUUGAGGCAUAUCUAUUCUAAUCAUCCAUGGGAUAUAUCCAUUAUGCAGUUAACUUCCCUUCGAACACUACUAUCACCCAUUGUUGCCGGCACAAAAAAGGGAUGCCAGAUUGAAGACCUUGGAUGCAUAACCCAACUUGGAGGAAAACUAGAGAUUUCGAAGCUUGAAUAUGUAAGAUCCAAAUCAGAAGCCUCUAAAGCAAACCUGAAAGAAAAGACAAAAUUGCAUCAAUUGAAAUUAUGCUGGAGUAGUCGGCAUGAAAGAGCAGUCAACAACAACAACAAUGAUGAAGAGGUUCUAGAAAGCCUUCAGCCUCAUUCAACUUUGAAAAGCCUCACUAUUGAUGGUUACAUAGGAAAGAGGUUUCCAUCUUGGAUGGUGAAUGAUGUCAAUAGUUCUGGUUCUUCAUUCCUUCUUGACAACAUGGCCUCGCUUGAAUUAUUGAUCUUGUUCGGAUGGGAUAAACUAAAGUCUCUGCCACAUCAGCUUCGACAUCUUACUGCCCUCAAGCAAUUGAUGUUAGUGGACUUCAAUGGCCUGGAAGCUUUGCCAGAGUGUUUGGGAGACCUCUCUUCUCUUCAUAGGCUGGAGAUCUUGAAUUGCUCUAAUUUGACUCAUUUGCCUUCUAUUGAAGCCAUGCGACGCCUCUCCAACUUACAAUAUCUUUGCAUUUGGGAUUGUCCUAAAUUGAAGAAAAGAUGCGCCAAAAAGAGGGGCCUCGAAUGGUCCAAGAUAGGCCUCGAAUGGUCCAAGAUAUCCCACAUUCACAAUAUCAGUAUAGAUUGGGAGGACGUGAGGCAGGGGGAAUGCAAAUUCUCCAUGGGUAUAGUUCUAUUGGUUGUUAAGAUUGCGACAUCAAGUGUGGAUGUGAUGUGUUGGUAUGAGGUGAAGUGCAGUAAGCGAUUUGAAUCGAUAAAAAUCGUGGAUAUUGAAAAAUCGAGUUAGUCAGACUAAAUACUUAUGCAUCUGCACAGGCCUCAGAGUUCAUCCAAACCUAGUCCUUUCUUAUUUUCAUAAUUCUUAGGCAUCAAUCAUUCCAGUAGCCAUCGCCGAAUUGUGAACUCAUGCAUAAUCAAAUGCUUAGAUUAGCCAACUGUAAAUUUCUGAUGGAGUAGAAGACUGGCAAGACUGACAAUCAAAAGCUUUCAUUUUUAAGGCAAUCUAAUUUUCCUGCUCUGAAACCAAAAAUAUCAUGAUGACUGGAGGGUGAUUUUCAUGCUGGGGACCCAACCAGAUGAGUGGUCCUCUCUUUGAGUUGUUGAUGCUCAUAAACAGAUUUAGCUAUUCUACAGCCGUGUAGUUUUUGAAUUAUGACCACAUUUUGAGGUGCAAGUUUACUGGUAUAUAGACUUCUGUCUUGCUGAUCAAAGUCUUGAGCUGUCUCAGAUUGCCAAUUUAAGUGGACUGCCCUGCAAAGGGUCUUGUGGUUUUAUGGUAGAAUAUCUCUUUCAACUGCCAACAACUGAAGAAGAUGACAUGCAAUCAACAAAUGGAGGGAAGUGAAACUGACAAUCAGAUCCCUGUGCACCAAGUUAUUGCAUGUAGGACGGUCUCAAUGGCAUCAAUGUGGUUAUGAUAGAGUUAUAACUCCGGAUUUAUCAAACAAUGGCUUAAUCAGAGAAGUGCAAAACUUUUGUCUCAGCUAGUCUUAUUGAAGAAAAUGAGGAGAUGGGGAAUGCAAUGAAAACAGAAUGAUUGGAGUUGGAAUUCAGUAUAUUUCAGUGUUCAUCAAAGCUUUGAAAACAUUUUUGAGAGUGCAUGUAGCAGUUCAUAAUUUGUUUCGUUUAGAUUCAUGUCUUGAAGCAGAUGUGAACAAGAUUAUAUGCUUCACUUUCUAAAAUGCAAGGAGCAAUUGGAGAUAUAUGAACGAGAAAAAAGAGUACACCAAAAGAAAAGUGCCUCUGUUCUUUGCCUUGGGAAGCUAUGGCAGAAAUCUACUGCGGCUCAUUAAGUGUCUUCAAGCAGAUGCUGUAAUAUGUUUCAUCGUCUGAACUUAUGCCUGUUUCAUUCUCAUUUGUUCUCCAUUUUCCUGUUGUAUUACUUGGUUUCUCUUUCCUUUUGCUGUUCUUGUGAUUGUUUGAAGAUGAUUUUGCAACACUCUCUUGAUAUGGUGGAGCUAUUUUUCAUGGACCGGAGGUCCCGUGGUUUUUACUCUUCGAUUUGAAGGGGUUUUCCAUGUAAAAAUUGUGCUGUCUCCUAUGUGUGUUCAUUUGCUUGAGCCAUUUUCAUUUGUUUACAUGUUUAAUUACUGUCGUAUUUGUUGAUCUGAAAAAGAAACUAAUCUCAUAAAC